AUGGCAGAAUCAUGUCAUGUAUCACUGAUCCUACUGGUCAUCCUCACAAUCAGAGGAGUACUGGGCCAGAGGAUCAUUGGGGGUCUGGAGGUAACACCCUACUCUAUAACCUACCAAGCCUCCAUCCAGUACAACAAAUUACACUACUGUGGAGGGACCCUCAUACACCCUCAGUGGGUGGUGUCUGCUGCCCACUGCUGGAGACCGGCAUACCUGAUCAAAGUGGUACUGAGUGAGCACAGUCUAUCCAGAGUGGAAGGCCUUGAGCAGGAGUUCAACGUCUCCAAUGUGCUGGUCUACUACAUGUAUAACUACAGGACGUUCGACAACGACAUCAUGCUGCUCAAACUGGAGAGGCCCGUGAAUCUCAACGCCAACAUCAAGCCCGCCAUCCUGCCCAGAGUGGACAUGUCCCCGUUACAACAGGGAAUGACCUGUACGGUAAGCGGCUGGGGGGUCACCAAUAUCUUCAGCUACUACCUGUCCCCCGUGCUCCAAGCUGUGGAUGUUGACGUUAUCACCAACUGCCAGAACUACUACUACUUCAGGAUCACAGACAACAUGCUCUGUGCCGGCUCUCCCUUCGGAGGGAAGGACUCCUGUCAGGGUGACUCAGGCGGCCCUCUGAUCUGUAAUGGGCACUUUGAGGGCAUCGUGUCCUGGGGCAUCAGCUGUGCCAACCCCUACUUCCCUGGCGUUUACACCAAGGUCAGGAAGUACAUCAGCUGGAUCAAGUGGAUCAUGCAGAAUGACAGCUAG